AGUUCCUUUUGACUCAUCCCCUUUGAUUGACGUCCCUGCAUGAUGAGUUUUCCAACAUCUAGUGAAAUUUUCUCGUGCUUCAGUUCCUCAGUCUCUCUGUCCAGCUUGGCAGUAUUUUUCGUGGCUACAUGUUGCUUAUUUGUGCCAGCACCAUCUGCAAAACAACAAUAACAUUCCGGAUGUUACGGGAUCUCUACGCAAAUUGUGGAGAAAAAAAUCUCUUCUCGCCAUUACAUUUUUGUUGGGUGUCCACCUGGAGCCCCUGUCGUUUUGCCUGAUUUAUCGCCGAUUCCGUCUUCAUGGCAGACGCCUUGGGGGCCCUCUUGCGCAGUACAGUCACCGUAUCCCAGUCCGACAUCCUUGCAAUCACUCAGAAUUUAACCACAAAUCUAAUAUCACUCGCGGAAGGUAAAAUUGUGAAAUGUCUCUCACACUGCAAUGUCUCCUCUAAAAAAUGAGGCAAUUUCGACCAAGUUGAAGUUUCGUGGAAUUUUGACAGAUUUUACCGUUUGACACAACAAUGUAUUUUUUGGUGUACCUGUCAAAAGAGUGUCAAAAUAUGUAAAUGUCACAAGUGGCAAAACUUCGCGUUGGUAAACACAAAAAAAGGUGUCGGGAAGUGAAAAGUAAUUGUGAAAUAAAUUCAAGGAUACUGCAUGGAUUGCUGCAAAAAUUGCGUGCAAGUGCUGUACUGUGCGUGAGGAACGUGUUUUGCGUGCAAAGAGCCUUGUGCGGUGGUUGCUGUGCACCCUGCGGUGGGGUGUGAAAAAACGUCUGCCACCGCGAUGCACUUUCUGUUUUUCCCAUCGCGACCUUUUGUUGAAAAAGAAAUUUCUCCGGCCAUGUCGUUGGGGCCCGUCUGCUGAACGGCAAACCACUUUGUGGUGAAGUGUGAGGUGCAAUGGGGCAGCAACAGGGCAAGGAGCGUUCCAGCAGCUGUGGUGCCGCCGGCAGUGGCGCCGCCGUUGCAGCCGGAAGUGCUGGUGGCGCCGCCGGAAGUAUAUCCAGUGGUGGAGGCACCCUCGGACAUGGGGCACUCAGGUCGAGUCGCAUGAAACCACGUCCCAAAGAGCAGAGGGGUAUCCUGGGGUCUAACAUCUUUACCGAACACAGUGAGGCCCUCCUGCAGUCACGUCCAUUGCCACACAUUCCGCCACCGGGCACCUUGGUGGGGCUGACGGAUGAGAUAAUUGCCCAGGGAACGGAUAUUAGUCAUCUCACGGGCCCGCAGACGGUACAGCAGUCCCAGGUGAGCUUUGAGGCAGCCCACAGGUGGACAUCGAAGGAGAAUCUCCUCACACCGGGUCCCGAGGAGGAUGAUCCGCAACUCUUUGUGGCAUUGUACGACUUCACGGCUGGCGGUGAGAAUCAGCUGAGCCUGCGGAAGGGUGAGCAGGUGCGAAUUUUGUCGUACAACAAAUCCGGCGAAUGGUGUGAGGCUCACAGCGAUAGUGGGCUUGUGGGUUGGGUGCCAUCGAACUACGUGACACCGGUGAAUUCGCUGGAGAAGCAUUCAUGGUACCAUGGACCAAUAUCGCGCAAUGCAGCUGAGUAUUUGCUCAGUUCGGGCAUCAAUGGGAGCUUCUUGGUGCGUGAGAGUGAAAGCUCCCCGGGGCAGAGGAGUAUUAGUUUGCGCUACGAGGGACGUGUUUAUCACUAUAGAAUUCAAGAGGAUUCCGACGGGAAGGUCUACGUGACGACUGAGGCAAAAUUCAAUACACUCGCUGAACUUGUGCACCAUCACAGUGUCCUCCAUGAGGGGCAUGGGCUCAUUACGCCACUCCUCUAUCCAGCACCGAAGCAAAAUAAGCCCACGGUAUUCCCACUUAGUCCGGAACCCGAUGAAUGGGAAAUUAGUCGAACGGACAUUGUGAUGCGCCACAAAUUGGGUGGUGGACAAUACGGGGAGGUGUAUGAGGCGGUGUGGAAGCGCUAUGGGAAUACAGUUGCAGUGAAAACACUCAAGGAGGACACAAUGGCCCUCAAGGACUUCCUCGAGGAAGCAUCAAUUAUGAAGGAGAUGAAACAUCCGAAUCUCGUUCAAUUAAUUGGUGUGUGCACGCGUGAGCCACCCUUCUACAUUAUCACGGAAUUCAUGAGUCAUGGGAAUCUCCUGGACUUCCUACGAACAGCUGCGAGGGAAACAUUGGAUGCUGUGGCUCUACUCUAUAUGGCAACACAAAUUGCCUCGGGUAUGAGCUACUUGGAGAGCCGAAACUACAUUCAUCGCGAUUUAGCGGCCAGGAAUUGUCUCGUGGGUGAGAAUAAUUUGGUGAAGGUGGCAGAUUUUGGGCUAGCACGGUUAAUGCGGGAUGACACGUACACAGCACAUGCUGGUGCAAAGUUCCCCAUCAAAUGGACCGCCCCCGAGGGGUUGGCAUACAAUAAAUUCAGCACAAAGUCCGAUGUAUGGGCUUUUGGGGUGCUCCUCUGGGAGAUUGCAACGUACGGAAUGUCUCCGUAUCCGGGGAUUGAUCUCACGGAUGUUUUUCACAAACUCGAAACGGGCUACCGCAUGGAUCGUCCACCGGGUUGCCCACCAGAGGUGUAUGACCUCAUGCGACAAUGCUGGCAGUGGAGUGCCCAAGAGAGGCCAACUUUCAAGAGCAUCCACCAUGCUCUUGAACAUAUGUUUCAGGAAUCUUCCAUAACUGAAGCCGUAGAAAAACAAUUGCAAGGGGCGUCGCAGGUUCCCACAUUAACGCCACAAAUGGGAAAGAAGAGUCAAAUGAGUAUCCAUAGUCCGCCACCGCCGCACGAGCAAGUUGUGACGACACCCAUGUCAGAAACGGGUUCAACAUCAACAAAAUUGAGCACCUUUUCGGCCAUUAAAGCGGGAAAUGUGCAAAUGAGGCGGACAACUAAUAAGAAAGGAAAGACUGCACCGGCUCCACCGAAGAGGACAAGCCUCCUUUCAACGAGUCGGGAUUCAACAUAUCGCGAAGACGAUGGGAAAUUAUUGGAUGAGCUCAAUACAAAUGGACUGGGACGUGAUGGAAAUAUUGGGAAUCGCGAUUCGGAGAAUGAUGGAGCUGAAGUGACCCCAGACACAGAUACGGAUAGUCAGGAGCAGAUGCACCAAAGACAACAGGGGGGCUCCUUUAAGCGUAUUACACCCGUUAUGGGGAAUCGUGGCUUGGAGACGCGCAAUAGUAAGAGAUUUCAGCGUAAGGAGCCAACGGGAAGUUCAUCGGGUGGUGAGGGUGGGGUAACCCCGGUAACGGUGGGAGCACUUGAGGUGCAAAAUGUCAAGAGGGCCAUCAAUAGGUAUGGGACACUACCGAAGGGAGCACGAAUUGGUGCAUAUUUGGAAUCACUUAGGCAGAAUACAACUCCUGACGGUGCCACAGUGGCAAAUGCAUCGCAAACAUCCUUAACACAGGAAGCUGCUGUAGUUGAGGCACCGGCAAAUGCCGCCAAUACGUCAUCGCCGCGGAAUCACAUCAAGAGUCAACCACAGAUGAUUCGUAGCAAUUCCUCAGGGGGUGUCACAAUGGCAAAUUCCGCAUCAGCCAGUCUCAAUAAGCUUCAACGUCAUCGUACCACAACGGAUGGGAGUAUGAUAACAUUCUCAUCAUUCCGCGGGGGACAAGUUAGUGGGAGCCCAAAGAGAUCCUUUCAACCAACUUUGGCUGAUUUGGAAUUUCCACCACCACCGUUGGAUCUCCCGCCGCCACCGGAGGAAUUUGAAACGCCCUCAGUGGAGAUGGAUGUGUUGCCGCCACGAGAGCAAGCGCCGGGAAUUUCGCAAUCACAAAUUCUUACCCCGUCGUAUGAUGUGUCAAACACAGAACCAAGUGUCGAGGAGGCAUCGUCGAGAUUUGGCGUUAGUCUGCGGAAGCGUGAACCGUCGACGGAUUCGUGCAAUUCCCUCGGGAGUCCCGCAACGGCUGCCACGGAGCCCGAGGGGAAUGUCAAGGAGAAGUUGGAGAUGAAACUCGUGGCGGAGAUGAAGGAGCGCGCGGUUGAACAGCAAAAAGUGCCAAAAUUGCCACCACAGGAGGCACCGAGUAAAAAUGUGGAUCCUGUGUCGCAGCUGGUGAAUGAAUUGGCUGAGAGUAUGGGGCAGGGAAAUCGGGUGGAUAUGAAGAAGUUACCACCAAAGCCACUGGUGGACAAUCAUGCCACGUUCAAGAGUCAACUGAAGAAGGUGGAACCAAAGAAGGUGCUCGGAGAGAAGAAAGAUGACGGUAUAAUUGAUUUCAAGUCACGCCUACGUAAAGUGGAGUGUGACACUGAGGAUGGUGGUCAGGAUGAUGCUACGAAGCGCAAUGGGGAGGAGAAUGGGAAGAAAUGGGUGGAUGGGAAAGAGGUGAAAAAGACUGAAAUCAAAAUUGAUAUCCAACCUGUGGUGGUGGCGGACAAGGGGACGGCAGAGAAGACAGAUGAGGAGGAUAAGCGGAAGAGUACAGGAAGUAUAAAUAGUCUGAAGAAAUUGUGGGAAUCAAAGGAGACGACCGUUGGGAAUGCGGAGAAUCCACCACAGGUGCAAUUGAGUCCCAAAUUGCGCCCUAAAGUAACGGCUGAGGAGGAAAAUAGCACGGAUGACGGGCAAACGGCCACACUGGGUACGAGUAAGAAGCCCGCUGUACCCAUUAAACCGACAAAAUUGACCAUCUAUGCCACACCAAUUCCCACCACAAAGCCCCCAACGCAGGAUUCAUCGGCCAUUACGGCAACAAUUAGUCGUGAAGGUAUCCUAGAGCUUGUAACAUUGCUCGAGGGAAGCCUCAAAAUUCCCGUGACCGCCAUCUCGGCCAGUCAGUGGCUUCAGCUGAGUGACAAGCUGAAUAUCCUGCAGAAUUCAUGCGUAACAUUCGCAGACAAGGAAACAAUGCCACCACAUUCCAAAUUCCACUUCCGGGAACUCGUGACACGCGUGGAGAAUCAAUCGCGCAGCCUCCGGUCGGCGGGGAGUAAAAAUGUUCAGGACAAUGAGAAGCUGGUGCUCGAGGUGGGACAAUCUCUCAAGCAGAUAUCAAAUGCACUUCACAGCAAACUUCUGAAAAGUCAUUGAGUUCUUGAGAGAGAGAGAGAUUCUUAUUUAAAAAAUAAAUAAGAAUUGAUAGAAACAAAAAAAAUUACGAAUGCAAUAGCUGAGAGAGAGACAAAAAACAACUAUGUUGUAAUUUCUUUUAUAAUAGUGAAGAAAAAUAAGAAAACAUAGAAAAUAAAAAAAGAAUUCUUUUUAGAAA